AUGGGUUCCUGCUUCUCGUUGGAGGGAGGAGGCAUUGAGAGGAUAGCGCCCACGCAGAGGUUGCAGAUCCCGGACCCGGAGGAUGAGCAGGUCGAGCCGACCGUCGUUCCGAGCGAGCCUGUCAUCCCAGUCGUCCCGGGUUCUCGCUCUCCUGCUCCCGGAAAUGCGGCUCCAGUUCUUGCGCGUUUCUUCGAGAUGGCAGAAUCAGUGGUCAUGGUGGAGACCCCUCAUAAUGACUUCAUCACAGAUCAACGUCCAGAGAGGCACAUUUGUCUCAAGAGUUUCACCUAUGAUGAGGUCUGUGCAGCGACACAUGGCUUCGAAGUAGACCGUUUCCUGGGACAGGGUGGGUUCGGCCAAGUGUACAAGGGCUUUCUUGAUAGCACUAAUCAGGGACAACAAGGGCAUAGGGAAUUCGUCACUGAAGUUCUGAUCUUGAGCAAUGUGCACCACCCAAAUCUUGUAAAGCUCGUUGGAUAUUGCACUAGUCAUGGUCAGAGGAUUUUAGUUUAUGAGUAUAUGCCUUUGGGUUCUCUGAACAGUCACAUCCAUGAUCUCCCCCCUGGUCAGCAGCCUCUUGACUGGAGUACAAGAAUUAAGAUACUCCUUGGUGCUGCUAAAGGUCUUGAGCAUUUGCAUCACAAUCUCACCCCUCCUGUCAUCAAUCGUGAUGUGAAAUGUGCAAACAUUUUGCUCGGAGCGGGGUACCACCCGAAGCUGUCUGACUUCGGCUUGGCGAAGCUAGGUCCAACUGGUGACAAUACCCAUGUUUCAACAAGAGUUAUGGGUACACCUGGUUAUUGUGCGCCAGAGUACUUAAUGACUGGUAAAUUGACAGUAAAGACAGAUUUUUACAGCUUUGGUGUAGUUAUGUUGGAGGUUCUAACCGGAAGAAUGGCUAGAGACGAAAGACUCCCUGAAUCAGAGCGAAACCUUGUCGCAUGGGCUCUCAACUUUCUCCGCAGACGGGAACUGGACAUUCUGAAGUCAGAAACAGAAGGCGGUUGGACCGUGGCGGACGCAGCACACCAACAAGAACUAGCUCUGAUCGGAACCCUGGACGCAGCACACCAACAAGAACUAGCUCUGAUCGGAACCACCAGAGCGACGAUCAGGGAGAAAGAAACUGAGGAAUCCAGUGCUUAG